CCUCCCCUCCCUCUGCAGAGUUGGGAGCUCUCUCCCCUUUUCUGCGACCAGCUCUCGCCUUGACAGCCGACACUGGCGCAGAGUCUGAGCACAAAUCUUUACCUUAUUUUUCUGGCAUAUAGCGACCAUCCACACUCACAGCGUCCACUCAUCCUCUUCCGGAGACAAGCGCUGGAGCGGCCUCGUCUAGAAUGGGGAACCGAGACGACGAAUACGAUUUUUUGUUCAAAGUCGUGUUAAUUGGAGACUCAGGUGUUGGGAAGAGCAACCUGCUGUCCAGAUUUACACGGAACGAGUUCAACCUCGAGAGCAAGAGCACCAUCGGGGUGGAGUUCGCCACGCGCAGCAUCCAGGUGGACGGCAAGACGAUAAAGGCUCAGAUCUGGGAUACAGCAGGACAGGAACGCUACAGAGCCAUCACGUCGGCAUACUACAGAGGAGCCGUGGGGGCGCUGCUAGUGUACGACAUAGCUAAACACUUGACCUAUGAGAAUGUGGAGCGCUGGCUGAAGGAGCUGAGAGACCACGCCGACAACAACAUCGUCAUCAUGCUGGUGGGCAACAAAAGCGACCUGCGCCACCUCAGGGCUGUGCCCACAGACGAGGCGCGAGCCUUUGCAGAGAAGAACAAUCUGUCAUUCAUAGAAACCUCAGCCUUGGACUCAACAAACGUUGAAGAAGCCUUCAAGAAUAUUCUUACAGAAAUAUACCGGAUUGUAUCACAGAAACAGAUUGCUGAGCGAUCUGCCCACGACGAGUCCCCAGGAAACAACGUGGUGGACAUCAGCGUCCCUCCGACCACAGACGGCCAGAGGGGGAGCAAGCUGCAGUGCUGUCAGAACCUGUAACCCCCGCUGGAAAACCGUCCUGCCUCACCCGGUCCGAUUAUUAACUGAAAUCCACUAGUGUUGAUGUGCUUUCGAAUACGCUGGGCACGACGAGUCGGCGCCUGCACUUUUUGAAUCGGUGAAGUCAGUUCCAUUGAGCCACAAAACGAUCAAUCCCAGAUAGAAGAAGAGUUUGAUUUCAAGUAGUAAUCUGACCCAGAUGUGGUCAAAACAUCGUGGCACAAAAACAGGACUGAAGGUACACCACCCCGAGCAGCUACCAGCUAGUUAACAUGUUAGAGUAGCAGUAUAGCCUUGUCCGAGACCCUGUAUGCCUAGACAUCUCUCUGGUAGACUGUUGUUGGCACAAACUGAAGGCCUGGGUUUGAAAUCCUGCCGGUUUCACUGGGAUCAGCAGUCCUGUCUUUGGGCCUUUUCCUCCUUCAGUCAUCAUCUCAAAAAGUGGUUGUGACGCUGCUGACGCUUACUUUGUUUUUGUGUAAAAUAUAUUUUGUUCUGUUUGUUUUGAUAGCUUGUCUGCUCACAUACAUUAUAUUAAUGCCAUGGAAAUAAAUUUUACAAUAUUA